CUCGGAAUAUCAUUAGCGGGCGUUUACGCGGCCUAUAGCUAUCAUACCGUUAAGAAUAUUCCGCACUAUUACUCCCUGCACUCAUGGUUGGGAGGGGGGCUUAUGGCCAUGUAUGCCAUGAAUCAUAUUGGUGGAUUUAUUACGUUCAUUAAGCCUGGUUUGCCAUCACUUCGCAAGCUUAUACUACCGUUCCAUGUGUUCAUAGGCACAGCGUGUAUAGUACUGGCCGGUGGUGUGGCUAUUAGUGGUCUCACAGAGAAAGCGUUGUUUAGUUUGACAACUAAGGGUCAGGAAUAUCGUAACCUCCCGGAGCCCGCGCUACUCAUUAAUGCGUUUGGCGUGAGUAUAGUGUUGUUCAUUAUAGCUGUGCUAUAUCUGGUCACCCGACCCCAGUAUGCGAGAAAGGAUGUGUUGGGCAUCGGGAUGAUCGGGAUCUGUUGCCUGUUGACUAACAAACAUUUGGGUGGUUUCUCCCUGAACACUCCCGAACAGACCUUCAAUUAUCAUCCAUUACUGAUGGCCACGGGAAUGGUGUUUAUCAACGCUAAUGGUAUACUAUUCUAUAGGAUCAGCGGUUGCUUUAAAUACCCGACACAAAAGUUCCUACACAUGUGUUUGCAGUUGACAGCACUGGUAGUGUCAUUAGCCGGCGCCUAUGCUGCUUUCAAUUUCCACACCGUCAAGAAUAUUCCGCACUACUAUUCCCUACACUCAUGGUUAGGAGGGGCGAGUAUUUGCAUGUUUGCAAUGAGUCAAUUUGGCGGAUUUUUGGCAUUCAUGUGGCCCGGUAUGCCGGCGUACCGGAGGUCUAUCCUACCGUUGCACGUAUUUGGCGGUAUCAUUAGUAUAGUACUGGCCGGUGGUGUGGCUAUUGCUGGUCUUACAGAGAAAGCGACAAAGGAGGGCCAAGAAUAUCGUGACCUCCCGGAGCCCGCGCUACUCAUAAACGCCUUUGGUGUGAGUAUAGUGUUGUUCAUCAUAUCCGUGGUAUAUCUGGUGACUCGACCCGAUUAUAAGAGAGUGGACGUACCAGCGAUUAAUAAAAGGGAUUAAAUGUCGGGAAACAAUAAAUUCAUUCAUUAAUUCAUCAGAC